CUUUGUAAGUGGCGAGCAUUUGCUACAAAUGGGACAUCAAAGGAAUCCAGCAAUGAUUUGCCUUUGUUUUCCACAAUCGCUUCAUAGGCAGGUUUUCCAGACAAUCUUCGUAAUCCCCCCAGGUUCCUUCAUUUCUGAAUCUGUUAACUUCAUUUCUCAAAGCUUACUUCACAAUCUUGAGCGUAGACCACAACUUGUCACUCGCCACAGGAGACGUCCCCGAUCAGCGACAGCAUGGCGGGCCCCAACGGAGAUGAAAAAGCCAAGCGCAACACCAUCAAGAAGCCUCGGCGGCUCCUCCGCAAGCGCCGCCUCCGCCUCUACGAACUCAGUAAAUACAAGAAAGAUCAGUGGAUGAAAACGCGAAUCGCCUACCCCGUGGACCAAGAACGCAGAUUUCACUCGAUAGCCCGCAGCCAGAACAUCCGGCUCCCACUAGGGACGGACAACCCGCGCCCCUCGCAAGCCGACAUCGACGCGGCGCGCGCGGGCAAGCUGCAGGGAAUCUUUCGGGAGUACGCGGUCGUGCCGGCGACGGAGCUGGAGGAGACGAACGAGGCGGAUAGGCAGCUGCAGGUGCGCAUGAAGCCCGUGGGCAUCGUGCUGCGCGAGGAUUUCAAGGACGGUAGGAGAAUCGUGCAGCCGCCGCCGAACGAAUUUCUGUAUGUGCCGGACGCGCUGGACGAGCGGGUGCCGGAGCCGAAGACGCACACGAAGAAGAGACUGUUUUUUCUGUUUGCCGACGACGAGGAUUUGCCAAGGUUUUAUUACUGGCAGAACGCCAGGCUGCUGACUCCCGAGCUGGAGGAACCGGAGGAGGAACCCGAGGAGCUUCGCAGGGUCGAUUGGCCAAGCUAUCUGGACGCGUGUGCGAGACGGAGGGGCGUGAACCUGGAUGAGUGGGAGGAGCUUGAUUGGGACAGCGACGACAACGGCGAAGACGAGGAGGAUGACUUUGAUCCCCCAAAGGGCUACCUCCCUGACGACAACUAUUACAGGCCCGACAACAACCAAGGACAAGGACAGGGAUGGGGAGGCGCAGACAGAGCCGCGCGUCCCUUGCUCCCGCAGAACAAUACCGUCCCUGCUCCUCCUCAGCCUCAGCCUCAGGACACCACGCAGGACGCCGAGCGCCGCGCCGCCCAAGAAAACGCCCGCAUCGAGGCCAACGACGCGUUCAUCAGCCUUAACCUCUUUGGCCCGUCUCCCAUCGCUUCUCCGGAUUUAUCGCCAGGAAACUCGCACUCGUCUCCUAGGAAUUCGUCAUCCUCGAUAUAUGAACCCACUUCCCCGUUGCCUUUUGGUACUCCUCCGUCACUUAAGCGCCGCGAUCCCGGCAGGCCGCUGCACCGGCGGCCGUUUAGUAGCGGCGGGGGCAGUGGUGGUGGUGGGAGUGAGGGACGCGGACGCGGUGGUCACCGUGGUGGUCACCAGGGUGGUCGUGGGCAGCAGGGCGGAGAUCGCGGCCGUGGGGGUUGGAGCGGCGGUACCCAGCGCGGUGAGCAGCGUGGCGGUGGUAGUAACCAGGGCGAUACCCGUGGGCGCGGUGGUGGCCGUGGUCACCACGGCGGCGGCGGUCAUCACGGUGGCGGCAAUCAAAACGACGGCCGUGGACGCGGCAACCAGCGCGGUGGGCGUGGCCACAACAGUGGCGGCAAUCAGGGCGAUGCGCACAGCGGCGGCUCCCGUGGUGGCCAUCACGGCGGGCACCAGAACGGCCGGGACGACAACAACUCCUCUGGCGGGUUCUUUAAUGCUUAUUUCCAAGGCGACCAGCAGGACGGCCAGUCUGGCAGGGGUGCCCAGGGCGAGGGCCGUGGUAGGGGCCGCGGUCGCGGUCGAGGUCGUGGCAACGAUCGUGGUCGAGGUCGCGGCCGUGGCGGCUAUGAUGGCCAGGAUGACCAGGCUAGCGUAUCGCAGUACUCGGAGGAUGUCAACGACGUGGUUAUGUUCGGGUAUGAUGGGCAGCAGGACCACUACGUGUACGACGAUCAAAACGAACAAGACGAUGAGGAAGAAGAGUACGACGAGCAGCAGGGACAAGAAGAGUACGUCGAACCACAAGACGAGCAAUACGAGAAUGCCGAAGCAGAAGAGCAAAACGAGUACGUCGAAGUGCCAUUCAACCGCCGUAAGCGCUUCUACGUCGCGCCGCCGGGCUUCAACACCGGAGAGCUCGAGCCACGCAUUGCCGAAUUCGAAGGGAGCCUGCGCGUUUCCGGGCUCCAGGCCACGCUGGAAGACUACAAAGCGCUCAACCUCGAGGGCUACAUGUUCCUGGUGUCGGAGCUGCGCCGCACGAACAAGCCCUUGCCGGCCAAUCCGCCGCAGAAGAUGUCGUUUUUCAGCCCCCCGACGGAAACGGUCGCGUGGAAGCUGGCGCUCUUGUCUAGUGAUCAAGACCUCUCGAACGUUAGGCCGCUGGCGGGUGACGAGCCGUGGACGAGAGACGACAGGAGGGUGGCGCUGGAUUUGGAUGGUGUGCCCGCGGGUGAUAAUUAUAGUGAUACGACGAUGGAGGACGCCACGCCGUUCGACUAUGGACCCCCUAGAGGUCCGAGGAGAAUCAGCAAUAUGCCGAACUUGAUGGAAGACGCGCCGUCGUUUGACUAUGGUCCCCCUAGAGGUCCGAGAAUCAGCAAUAUGCCCCAACUGAGGGGGGACGCGACGCCGCCCACUUACGGGUACGCUGGAAUUCCGAGGAGAAUCAGCAAUGCGCCGAACCUGGGGGGAGAUGUGUCGUCACCCGCGUACGCCGGAAUCCCGAGGAGAAUCAGCAAUGCGCCGAACCUGAAGGGAGACGCACCGUCGCCGUACGCGCACCCCCUAAUUGCGAGGAGAAUCAGCAACAUGCCGCAACUGACGGGCCCGUACCCAAUGGGCUCGCACCGCGUGUCUCGAGACCGCGUCCACUUUGCCUACAAGCCGAUUCCCCCCAGGAUGCAACACGAGCUGUACAAGUUUCCACGAAACAGCGUGCAGGGCCUGAAGGACCGCGAGGUCUUCAAGAGCGCGCUCAAGGAGCACGGCUACGCCGUAUCGCCGGCACCGUCGGUUGCGGCUGGAGGCUACGAGGAGCGCCGCCACGUGGGAAAUGCCUUGUGGAGAACGUUCAGCCCGCAGAGCUGGGGGACGAGUGAGCCGGCGAGGGAGGUGAGGCUCCACAAUGGCCCUGCGAGCAACGACUUGACGUUUAAGGUUUGGACUUGGCCCGGGGGGAGGAAGCCGAGCAAGGAGUCGUUCUUUAAUAUUGCAAGGGACCUGCUGGGCGAUGCGCUGCAGCCGCCUGAUUACUUCGUGGAGGUCAUCUCGGGCGCUGAGCCGGUGGUCUUGUUCACGUCUAUGUCGGAGACGGCGUUUGAGAAAGCUGUUGCUACGCCUGUUGAGAAGAGUCAGGACCUUUAUCUGUAUCCUCUUGUGGAGGAAAGGCCAAGCAGCCGCAAGCGCAAGCGAUCAGGCUCGACAGAAAGUCUCGAAUGGGAAGACACGCCCCACGGCCGGCUCCCGAAGAUGGACCCGGCGCUCCAGAAGGCAAUUAUAGCGAGUCUGACGCGUGAUCAGGUCAAGCCGCAAAGCACCCAGCUGAGCCCCGUCUCUCAGUCCGUGCUCGAUCAGAUCCGUCAGCAGGAAGCCGCGCAGAAAGGACCGCUUUUCAGCAAGCAGCCAGAGUCUGGGCUCGCGCGCCGUGACCAACGAUUCAAGAUCUCGGCUGGGCGCCUCCCAGAUGUGGACGGGACCCAGCGCCUCCAGCGCGUCUGGGAAAACUUGAUUGACGCCGGGUUUGAGAGUGCGAGCAGCGAAGAUAAGACAGGCAGUCGGAGGGCGAAGAAGCGGAUCAGGAAGGAUGUUAAGACGGUGGGGGAGCACGAGGGCUGGGACUUCAAGCACAAGGGGCGCAGCAUCGUGUUCGGCCGUCCGGGGACUCUGGGGUCCUUUUCCACUGACGCAGGCGAGCCUUCACCAAAGCAAACAUCGCAUCCCGCGACUCGGACUCGGGGAGCUCAACACUUCAGCGCCGACGGCGACGAGAUCCCCGACCUCCCGCUCGAGCUGAUACCCGAGUACGGCGACGCAGCCGCAACAACGCCGUUCCACGAUCUCCUCGGCAGCUGGACGCAGAAGGCGCUCGAGUUCAUCCGCAACAGCACCCUCACAGCCGUCAACCGGGCGUGGCAGCAGCAGCGCGGCCGCACCUCCCCGACCCACAUCUUCUGGGACCGCUGGCGCAGCGACAUCUGGGCGUUCCGCGAGCUGCUGCGCCAGCACGACAUCGGCGCGCUCGCGGCGGGCGGCAAGCUCGCCGACAGCUCCGCCCUAGCUAAAUGUAAGGCCCUGACGGGCCGUGUGCGCACCGUGGCGGACGCGUUCAAGGCGGCUGAUGCGGGCGCGUUUGGAGAGACCUAUGAUGUGCGUGAUGCGCUGGAGGUGGAUCCGCUCGAUCGGCGGCCGUACAGGCGGGGCACGACGCUGCGCACGAAGAUGGAGAAUGUCGCGCGCGUGUACCCGGCACUGUUCAAGCGCGUCGUCGCGCUCAAGGAGCAGAAUGGGAGAGCGACGUCGCUGGAAGAGGAUUUUGCCGAGGCGGUGAAGGCGUAUUUGCAGGCUGGGGCGGAAGAGGCGGUGGUGGAGGUGGGGCACGAAGAUGGGGAAGAGGAGAAGGAGAAGAACUGGGACGAAGAGAGCGAUAAUAGUUGGGAGCAGGAGGGCUAUGAAGAAGAGCAGGACUACUAUGAGGAGUACGGCUAUGAUGACGACGACUACGGCUACCACAUGCACGAGCCGUGGGAGGACGCAGACGAGCACGAGCUGUACAGGCGGCAGCAGCUCGACAGCGACGAGGAGUGGGAGGAGGAGGAGCCAACGCCAACCAGACCUGUGCGCAAGAGCAAGAGCAGGGGCAAGCAUGCCUCCGAUACAGAGAGCUACGACGAGGACGAUGACUACACCAUGUCCGAGGAAGAAGAAGAAGAAGAAGAAGAAGAAGAAGAGGAUGGCCUGUCCGACCCCUCCCUCACCAUCACGCAGACGCGCCAACAGGCAGACGCUGCUCUCCAGGCUAGCGCUGCAGCAGCAGCAGCGGCAGCCACCCCGCGCCACUCGACCCCGCGCAGCACGCGCAGCAAAAUCGUCAGCUAUGCCGAGACCAUCUCGUCGACGUCCAGCCACUCUGAUGACGACGACGACCUCUCCCUCUCCCCAAGCCAGAGCCAGAGCCACAGCGAGUCCUCGCUCUUCGUCACCGCCGCUUCCUCCCCGCUCGCAAGCGACCCCACCCUGCACGCCCGCUUCUGGGAGGCCUCCUCGUCGUCGCCAGACACGCCGCGCGCCGCCCCGCUACUGGCAGCCGCAGCGAGGCGGUGGUCGGAUGCGCCAGCGCGGCCGGCGAGGCAGGCACGCUACCACCACCACAGCGCUGCCGUGCUCUACGACUACGACGACUACGACGACGACGCUCUCACGGCCUCCCGGUCGCGCCGCGACCGCGGACCGCUGCCCUCGCCACUCAAGCCGCGGACGCCGAUGCCCGAAAUGACGGCGCCGCGCCCGCCUGCGCUCCCGCUGCCGAGAGCGCUGCGUGCGCUGCGGGUGCCGUUGGUGGCUUCGUCGUCGGAGUCGUAUGUGGCUGGUGCGAGGGGGGCUGGGAUGAGGGCGAGGGCGCGGACGAAGGGCCGGUUGAUGGGCGUGCCGCUCGUUAGUGAGAGGGUUGGUGGUGGUGCUGGGGGUGGGUUGAGGGGGAAUAGGGAGGGAGAGAGGGAAGAGGAGAGGAAGGCGAGGAGUAGGGGCGUUAGUCCUGAGGCCUGAGGCCUGAGUGCCGAUGAUUUGAGGGAGUAAUGCGUUGCGCCG